AUGCGGCUGAGAAGCAACUCGGGCCUUUCACUACACACCAACGAGGACGCUCUCCGGCGCUACACAGACUACAACUCGGAUGGCUCACCCAGAUCACCCACAUUCGGUCGUGUAGUCUGGGGAAGCAUCGACGGCGUGGCGAUUAAAAACGAACCAAGCAAGCCCGCCGCUGGCACUCCCGCGCUUCUCACCACCGGAACAUCCGAGCAACCUCUCCCUAUUCCCGACUUUUGGAGCGAUGACACUUUCCAAUCAGCUCUCGCCAAUCCCCGGAUCUGCCGGCGACUUUUGCGAUUCGCUCAAACUCGUGGAUGUGAGACGGAUGUGGAGUUUCUCAUGCGUCUGCAAUCUUACUCAAGCUCCCUUGAACAGUUCAUCGCAGAGGUGGCGACUGUGCCCUCACCAACCAACUUGCCAUUUCCUGUUGCCAAGUCUCUCAACAGUGACAUGAAGCAUCUCAACACGGCUGUUUUGCCUGGACUCGAGAGCAUCUUCGCCGAGUCCAAGUUCUGCGUGGAGCGCAGGGUCUGGAAAGACCUGUACCCAUCUUUUGUCCGGCACCAGCUGGCCUCCUGUGCAGGCUCGGCUUUCACCUGCGAGGAAGGGCUACGUACAAAUGGAUAUCCCGGCCUCGGCGACGCAUUCUGUCUCAUGAGUGCACAGGCUGCGGACAGCUCUGUCAUCUCAGCCUCCGACGGCUUCCUCACGGUCACGGGCUACGGAAGACAAGAGGCAGUCGGUCGGCGCUACGACUUCCUCCAUGGCUCGCAUACUGACAGGACUGCCCUGAGACGGAUGCGGGAGGCUGUCUCUCGGGGAGAAGCAUUUUGCGAGCUCAUGCUCAACUAUAGACGAGACAGCUGGCCUUUUUGGAACCUUCUGUAUCUGCUUCCCCUGACUACCACGGACGGGACAGUGCGGCAUUACCUCGGCGGGCACAUCAACGUGUCUGAGACAAUUGGCAGCCAAGACGACAUUGUUCGCGUUUUGAGCCACGACCCUGCGGAUCUGGAUCAAGUUGAAUACAGCAGGCUCAUGCAGGAUCCUUCCCUCGGACGUCGACUCAGUACCCGGGACUGCAAAGCAGACAGGCGAUCGAGCGUACGUCAGCGCAGCGGAAGCAAUGCGACAAAGGGCUUCUUCAAACAAUUCAAGAAGGCCCCCACAUCUCAGGCAUACAAGCAAGCCCCAGACUCACCCACGCUUUCGUCAGCAAGCACGUUGAAUCUGAACAUAUUGCCGACUUCGGAGGAUCUCUAUUCGCGCUACAUCGUCUUGCAGCAUGCGCGGUCUUCCCGAGCCCCGUCACCCGGUUCUGAUAAGGAGAAAUCAUGGCGACUUGACAUCGCGUUCGCAUCACAGGAUGCCCUGGCUUUUUUAGGCAUCGACCAAACUGUACAAGCCGUCACCCGGCAGGACAUUUUCACCGUGCUAGCUGAGCACGCACAGUCGCCAUCCGUGACGAAGAGUUUCCGCAAUACUGUUCGCGAGCGCGUGCUGAGGGACGGCAGGCAAGCUGUCCUUGGCAUUGUGAAGCAUCGCCCCAAUCAUCGGCGCAAGCAGAGCCUCGUCGGUGGGUUCACUGGCCGCCCCAAGGAUGAGACCAGGGAGGCGCCCAGGGAGAAGAAGCACAGCCGGCCGGGAAGCCGAUCUGGGUUCGCGAGCUUUGUGGGGGUUGAGACGCCGAAGGCAGAUGGCGUGAUGAGCUACUGGACCCCCUUGAAAGAUGGGGCAGGCGUGGUCGACUGGAUCGUCGUCAUGUUGACGCCCUCCUGA